AUGAAUGGAACAGAGGGACCUAAUUUCUAUAUCCCCAUGUCCAAUAAAACUGGGGUAGUAAGAAGCCCCUUUGAGUACCCACAGUACUACUUAGCUGAACCAUGGAAGUAUUCUGCUUUGGCAGCUUACAUGUUUUUCCUGAUUCUUGUGGGUUUCCCCAUCAACUUCAUGACCCUGUAUGUUACUAUUCAGCAUAAGAAACUCCGAACGCCCCUGAACUAUAUUCUGCUGAACUUAGCUAUAGGUGGUCUUUUCAUGGUGUUUGGGGGUUUUACCACUACAAUGUAUACCUCAAUGAAUGGCUACUUUGUCUUCGGAGUCACUGGCUGCAACAUUGAAGGUUUCUUUGCAACAUUUGGUGGUAUCCUUGGCUUGUGGUCUUUGGUUGUCUUGGCCAUUGAACGAUACAUAGUAGUCUGCAAGCCCAUGAGUAAUUUCAGAUUUGGAGAGAACCAUGCCAUCAUGGGCAUUGUUUUCACAUGGAUCAUGACCCUGGCCUGUGCUGCUCCACCCCUCUUUGGAUGGUCCAGGUAUAUUCCAGAGGGCAUGCAGUGCUCAUGUGGAAUUGAUUACUACACCUUAAAGCCAGAAGUCAACAAUGAGUCCUUUGUCAUCUACAUGUUUGUUGUUCACUUCCUUAUUCCUCUAAUCAUAAUUUUCUUCUGUUAUGGACGACUUGUCUGCACAGUGAAAGAGGCUGCCGCUCAGCAGCAGGAGUCUGCCACCACUCAGAAAGCCGAGAAGGAAGUCACCCGUAUGGUGUAUAUCAUGGUCAUCUCCUUCCUGGUGUGCUGGCUACCAUAUGCUUUUGUUGCAUUCUACAUUUUCACCCACAAGGGAUCUGACUUUGGCCCCGUUUUCAUGACUGCUCCUGCUUUCUUUGCCAAGACAGCUGCCUUCUACAAUCCUGUCAUCUAUAUUUUCAUGAACAAACAGUUCCGUAACUGCAUGAUUACCACCCUCUGCUGUGGCAAGAAUCCAUUUGGUGAUGAAGAGACCACCUCAGCUGGUACCAGCAAGACAGAGGCCUCAUCUGUCUCUACAAGUCAGGUUUCUCCUGCAUAA